AUGUCUGCGCCGCUAACCAAAAAGGAGGUAAAGCAAGAGGAGGGCAAGUACAGCGACACUGCCGCUACGCAGGAGUCGAAGCACGACAUCUUCGCCACCCAGGACACUUUUGGCGACCUCGCGCAGGACGAGAAGGAAGGCACCUUGUAUGUCUGUGGUAACUGUACGGCGCAGCUCUACUUCAAGCCAGACUCGCGCCUCCUGUGUCCCAUCUGCUCGCACAUCACCGGUGUCUCGACUGUCUUCUACAAGAUCCGUACCGAGCCUACCAUGUACGAUACAAUCUGA